UUGGGUUUAUAGAGAUAUGGUACAGUAUAGGUUGGGUAUAUAGAGAUAUGGUACAGUAUAGGUUGGGUAUAUAGAGAUAUGGUACAGUAUAGGUUGGGUAUAUAGAGAUAUGGUACAGUAUAGGUUGGGUAUAUAGAGAUAUGGUACAGUAUAGGUUGGGUAUAUAGAGAUAUGGUACAGUAUAGGUUGGGUAUAUAGAGAUAUGGUACAGUAUAGGUUGGGUAUAUAGAGAUAUGGUACAGUAUAGGUUGGGUAUAUAGGGAUGUGGCACAUUAUCUGCUGGGUAUUCAGGGCUGUGUGGCUAAUAUCUAAUCACUAAUCACUUGUUACGGGUUUAGUUCUCCCAACACGAGUGGAAAAACUCAUCAAUAGGCUUUUUUAGCACCUGGGCUUCACACUAACCACACGCUGCUAACCUUUCAUUAACCACCAUCACCUAACACUGGGUUUGUUUUUGAAUGAUUGAUUUCAUAUUAAUUUUGUCCACUAAAUAUUUCAGUUUCCUUUUCUGUCUCACAUCAUCUUGUGUUGUUUUUCCUUUGUUUGUGAUUAUGCAUCAUUUUGAUCUCUCAAUGUCCCUCUUCCACCACCACCACUCCUCCUCCUCCUCCUGCUCACCCACUGCACCCCAUCCUGUCUCCCAUCCUGUCUCCAAUCAACCGCGUUGUACUCAGGCUGGUCACAGAUUGGUCCUGGUAUUAGGUGAUCUGCACAUUCCACACCGAUGCAACACUUUACCAGCCAAGUUCAAGAAGCUGCUGGUUCCAGGCAAGAUCCAGCACAUCCUCUGCACUGGAAACCUCUGCACCAAGGAGAGCUACGACUACCUGAAGACGCUGGCUGGAGACGUGCACAUCGUCAGAGGAGACUUCGAUGAGAACCUGAACUACCCGGAGCAGAAGGUGGUGACUGUGGGACAGUUUAAGAUCGGGCUGAUCCACGGGCACCAGGUGAUCCCCUGGGGGGACAUGGCCAGUCUCGCUCUGCUCCAGAGACAGCUGGACGUGGACAUCCUCAUCUCCGGCCACACGCACAAGUUCGAGGCUUUUGAGAACGAGAACAAAUUCUACAUUAACCCCGGCUCAGCUACGGGAGCCUAUAAUGCACUGGAGAGCAACAUCAUCCCAUCCUUCGUUUUGAUGGACAUCCAAGCGUCCACAGUCGUCACGUACGUGUACCAGCUCAUCGGCGACGAUGUGAAAGUUGAGAGAAUCGAAUACAAGAAGUCAUAAAGACGGUGAAGAAAGUCUGUUGCCUUCUUCCAGGAUGUGUUUCGUCUCAUUCCUCCUCGACCACAGCCCGGAACAUACGCCCAACGCAGACGCCGUACCACCAUAACGCGCUCUGCUCUUUUAAUGAAGUGUAUCAUACUGUUAAUAUGUCAUCAGCAUUUGCUUGUGUUCUCUGUAUCAGCAGGUAGUCGUCUAGACGCAAUAACGUCGUUAUUAUUUGCCUCACUUUAGGGACUAAAUUCCUGUGCCACAUUUUUAUGUUAAUAAUGUUAUAUGUCAUAUUGAUUUAGCAAGGCCUGUUCUGUCGGUCCCAGGGCCCUUAUUCAAACUAUGUGAAAUAUUUCAUACAAUAAAUUCACACGGCACAAAAAUCA